AUGAACAACAAAAUAUCACUUGCUUUGGUCAUCGUUGUUCUGGCCACAACUUUAGUAGAGUCAUAUCCUCGUCGAGGGUUUGGUGGGUUCGGAAAUAGAUUUGGAGGCGGAGCUGGAGGAGGUUUUGGUGGUGGUAUUGGUUUUGGCCAAGGAGGAGGAGGAGGAGGCAGUGGUUACGGUGCUGGUUUUGGUGCCGGCUUCGGCGGUGGUAGCGGAGGUGGCCAUGGUGCCGGGUUUGGUGCCGGGUUUGGUGGUGGUCAAGGAGGUGGACAAGGUGGUGGAUUUGGAGCAGGAUUCGGUGGAGGAUAUGGAACAGGGAUUGGUCGCUAG